UACUGAAGCACGUGGUCAUGUAAUACGUGGCAUCUUGACAUUCGUUCAGAUUAUUUGCAGUUCAGGAGUUUACCUUCAAUAUAAACUAGAUCCUUCUGCUGGACCAGUGGAGAAGUUUCUAUAAAACUAGGUCUCGAAUAAACCUCAACAAAACAUGGAACUUUGCAGGAAUAUAUUUCAAGAAAAAGGAUACAAGUUGACUGUAUAUUCUAAAGAUAAUUACUCAUUUUAUCACUGUCUGUACAUGGCAGCAUUGGACAAUAAGCAGGAUGUCACCCCUAAAAAGGCAAUGCAAAAAGAAAACGACCUUUUUGAGUUUGAGAAGAAAAAUCCCAUGUACUAUCACUUGUUUCUAUCACAAUGUGUUGAAUGCGACGGGAAGCUUCCCCCGAAGGAUUGCUUGUCAGCUGAUCUUAAAAUUAUUCAAAAAGAGAAAAAGCCCCCUACACCAAGAGAAAUAUUUGCUGCAGCAGAAAUGCUACAAAGAAACAUCUGUGUUGUCCGUUUUGACCAUGCUGUUGGCAUGGACAUUGAAAGGCUAAAGGGGUAUAUGUUUGCACCUACUAAUAAACAACUUCUUGAUAUGGAACCAUUAUGCCUUUUAAUGAUGGAACAAUACGGCGGAUACACAAUUUUUGGCAGAUUUUGUCAAGCAGACGACAUGACAGAUUUGAAAUCUUAUCCAGGUGAUAUUGUUAAUAUAAAUCACAGUCAAUGUUUUGGUCUACGUUUUGUUAAUGACUUUUCCAUACUCUUUUCGUGCAAUGUUGCCUUUGGUGAAAAACCAGAUGUAACAGAUUUAUUUCGUCGUCUAAGUUUAGAGUUUUAUAAGACAGAAGAGCAUCAUGAACGCAUUCUGAAUAUCAUAUGCAAUUUUGAACUUGAAGAAGACAAUUUUGAGUUGUUUUGUAAGUACGCUGAUAACACGACCACAGAAGAAACGAGUGCUGGUGUCAAAAAGAAGAUUUUGAAGACACACAUUGAAGCUGUUCAAAAACGAAUGAAGCCACCAGGUGAAGGGGAACUUUUUGCUUUGUCUACUGUAUUCAACGUAGACUUAAUCAUUGAUACGACGGGGAGAGACGAAUGGGAGACGUAUAUGUCAGUGGUUGGGUGCUAUUUAAGCUGUUUCGAUUCCCCAAUCCUACUGCGUUCUCAAUCAAGAAAUAAUGUUUAUAUGCCAUAUGUAACAGAGUCUCACACAUGUUCCUGUCGUCAGCAGAAACCAAAAAUACCUGGCCAUAUUGGAAAGAUUAAAAGCAACAUCUACGAGAGUGUGUUGAAAAACCCAUGUUGCUCUUCAUCGAAUAGUCGACUAAUCCACAAUCAUUUAAAGCAUUUACCAAACGUAAGAAAGUGUUGGCCUCGUCGAAACAACUAUUUGAAUCCAACAAAACCGAUUUCAAUCAUUAUUGCACGACUUGAAAAAGAAGAUCGUUGUUUAGACCAAAUCAAUGGUGGAGAGGGAUCUCUUGCAAAUGCCAUGGCCAAGGAAUUAUUUGGGGACGAGAAUCAAUUCUCUGCCGGGGAUCUACAGGAAGUCCUUGAAGAAAGCACAUUGGAUAAACAGAUCCAACAACUUUCUAAUUGGUUAAAGGUUCCCAUUUACGUUUACCAUGACAUGACUGCCCAUGAUCAGUUUGGAGAUUCACAACACUUUGCUUGGAAGGAAUACGAGCCAGACCGGACAAAGUCGACAAAAAGUGAUUGUAGAUUUUACAUCACUCUCUUUCAUAACCGCUUAAAUAAUACGUUUGACCGAAUCAUUCCCAUAAAAGGCUGCAAUUGUCAGAUUCCUCCUCCUCUGUCUUUGCUGAGAACCAAUCAGCAAAAGGAAAUUGAACUUUUGACUACAGUCCAACGAAACGACCGUCAUCAUCCUCUAACGAGCUUUUUAACAGUUGACCCUGACAGAAUUAAAAUUGAAAUAGAAUUACGGGAUUUUCCGGUGUGUUCAGCAUUCUCUCCAUUGAGGAUAGCAUCGCAAAGAGACGAUAUGGGACAAAGAACAUUUGAUUCCGUAGAAAUAAACCAACAUUCCCUCCUGCGAUGUUUAAGCAAAGAAAUAUUUGGAACCGAAAAUAACUUUGAUAUACUGAUUGAAGAACUCUGUAAUGAACUGUUGAAUAAUUUCGAAACCUAUGCUCCUUUCUUCGGCGAAAACAUCAACAAAGCUUAUCAAGAACAUUUAGGAAAGGAUAUUGGUGGAAAAAAUGACUAUAAAGAUAUGGCCAAAUUCGUUAAAGAGAGAAUUGAGGAUGGCUUACCCUGUGAUGAGCUACUAUUGUGGCUCGCAAGCACGUUUUUCAAGACGACCAUUUACGUUCUUCGUGUCAGUGACACUAAAACUUCUACAGAGAGUUUCUGGACAGAGUAUAUUAAAGUGAGAAGUAGAGAGACGGAUCCAGCCAAAAUAUCCUAUUCUAAAAGAUGUCCCCAGACCAACACCUACUUCAUAACUCUGUUGGAGACAAAAAGUAAACAUUAUUACAGGAUUGUUCCCAGACAAGCAUUGUGCAACUGUGUGUUAAACAUCCCCACCGUGCCUAACCGCGUCACUGAUCCCACAUCAUAUCAAACACAACUUGAUUGCAUAUUUAUGCGAAGAAUAAGAAAAAUUGACGGCCUACUUGACACUGCUUGUACAUUAAUUGAGCAGUGGCUAAUUUGCAACAGAAAUCUGCAAAGCCAUUGUGAACUGAUUAUAUCAGAAAUCGAAGGUCGUCGCAAAAACGUAAAUAUUGCUACUAUAACCGGUAGCAGUGCUGGGAUAAUUGGAGCUAUUCUCACUGCUGUUGGAAUUUUACUUAUUCCAGUAACAGCAGGAAUUUCUACUGGACUAUCUGUGGGAGGAGCAGUUAUAGCAGCAACUGGAGGAACCGUAGCAACAGGGGCAAAGAUAACUGAAAGCGUGCUUAACAUCGGUUCAAUAGACAAACUCAAACGCUACCAAAACUGUUACAAAGAAAUAUUUGAAAGCUUAAAGUCCGUUCUAAAUGAAAUUAAUAAUGAGUUGAAAGAAUUGGUGGAAUUAUCAACAGAGUUAGAAGCAAAUCAAGACUUUAAUUCUUCUGACUUUGCGGGGAUACAGAGUAUUCCUGGGAUUUUUCGUGCCGUUAAAGGAUUUAUUAUGAUUCCAUUAAGCGUGUUAAGAGUAUCUGCCCGAGGAUUAGUAAUUCUGGGUGCAAUUAUUGGGCCAAUCACUGCUUUGCUUGAUACAGCAUUGCUUAUAUUUUCAGUUAGAAAUAUGGUAAAGGGGAAUAAAACCGAUGUAACGGAAAAUCUACGCGCAAUAUCCGCAGCGUUAUAUGGAUCAAGAAGGCAAAUGCAUGGCUGGGCUUAUGGAAAUCAGAGACCGUACCUUUACGAUUAAUAGGGACAGAUAUCAUAAAGAUGUUGUGCAGUGUCUCAUGCUAAUUAGGAUAAAGAACAUCAUAAUUUGAUAUACCUCUAUUUAUUUUUUAAACUUUCACGACAGUAAGUCAAUUAAUUUUGCUGAUAUCCUAAAAAAAUUACCGUGACCAGACCUAUUGUUGGCCAAAACAGACUAAUUCCCUUAAAAAGGUGCGUCAGUUUGAUUAACUGUUACACAGUUCUGUUUGAACGUUUAGGAAUUUCGUUUAACCUAAGGCAAAAAGUAUCCCGAAUGCUCCGAAUUAAACUACGAUUAUUUAUUAUUGCCAGCGCUUUCGAGCGCUAGCAACAAUGUUAGUGUAUAAUUCUUGAUUGCAUAUGUUCGACGUCAUGUUUGGGCAUGCUGGGAAAACUGUUGUAAAAUGAAUGUACGGUGACAAUUUCUUUUCAUCAGAAAAAUGAUACUUAGUAUAUGAUAUGAUCUUAUGUCUGAAGUUCCUCAAUGUGCAAAAAAAAAAAGAAAAGAAAAAACCCCCAAAAAACCUACAAUGCCAAGAUUGUAGAGAUUAUAAUUGUAAAACCUGGCUUUAUUUACAGUUUUAUCACCUUCCUAGGUAAUUCAGGCAAGAUGUCUUUUCAAAGUACGUCUAAAAGACAAGAGACAAUUUAUACAAUGCAGUACCACACUGAAAUAAUUUUUAAUGCUUUUCAACUUUGACGGAAAAUACCGAUAUAUAUUUAAAGAAAGCCGACUUUAAAGCAUGAAAAUUUUUAAUCGAAGCAAAGGAAAUUAUCUGUGGUUAAUUUUUCUUGAGUCUUUCAUACAGAAAAACCCAAGAAAAGAAAUGACAUUAACGACCUUCCCUUUUGUGUAUUAAAAUGGCUACAGUGCUAGCUCACCUAUCCUUUGAAAAGAUAAGCUUGUCAAAUGUCCCGGAACCAGAAUAGCUUAUAAGUAGCAAAGAAUGACCAAUUCGGAUAAUUUAAAUUUCUUUCUGAUUUAUUUCUUAUUUCGGUAUAAUAGAACAGUUAAAGAACAUGUAUACCAUUGAUGAAGUCACCAAGAAUCCAGUUCCAUUCGAGCAAGCCUAUUCCCCUCGGGUUCUUCUCGGGAGAUAGAUGUAGGUUUCUUCUUGGGGAACUGGAUUCUUGGAAACUCUCUGAAUUGUAUACUUUAGGUUAUAAUGUGAGUUUUCUGCUACUGUACAACCAAUGCUUGAUUUGUUUUACAUGUAUGUGUGCUUAUUUUUAAUAUUAUAUUUCGUUUGGUUUGUACAUUGUUUUUGAUAUCAAUUUUUUGGGUUUUUUGGUUUAAGGCUUUGCAUCUUGAAAACCUAUUUAUUUUUGUUACCUUUUUUGUCACUGACAAUCAAUGGUACAUGUAUAAUUUUUCAUACAAUCUAGACUUUGACCCGUUCGUGCACAGGUUGACAUUGCAUAUUGGACAUAUACGAAAUAGAUACAUCGACACACCGUAUUGAUUACAAUUCCAUGACAAACCUAUAAGCAUACAUUAAUGCUUUUAAAUUCACUACACUUUUCUAGUUAGAAUAAUCUAACUGUGUCUUGGAAAAGGCCCUCACCACAGCAAGAAUGCCUUCCAUAUACCCGUAAUGUAGCAGAUAAUUGCAAAAUCGCCCCUAAACGUUUAAUGAAGUUGCAUUGAAGAUAUUAGUCAAAUU